AUGAAGUUGAACAUCAGCUACCCUGCCAAUGGCAGCCAGAAGCUCAUCGAGAUUGAGGAUGAGCGCAAGCUCCGUGUCUUCAUGGAGAAGCGCAUGGGCGCUGAGGUCCCCGGUGACUCCAUCGGCGACGAGUUCAAGGGCUACAUCUUCCGCAUCACCGGCGGCAACGACAAGCAGGGUUUCCCCAUGAAGCAGGGUGUCAUGCACCCUACCCGUGUCCGCCUCCUCCUCUCCGACGGCCACUCCUGCUACCGCCCCCGACGCACCGGCGAGCGCAAGCGCAAGUCUGUCCGUGGCUGCAUCGUCGGCAUGGACCUUUCCGUCCUCGCCCUCAGCGUCGUCAAGCAGGGUGAUGCCGACAUCCCCGGCCUGACCGACGUCGUCCACCCCAAGCGCCUCGGCCCCAAGCGCGCCACCAAGAUCCGCAAGUUCUUCGGCCUCACCAAGGAUGACGAUGUCCGCAAGUACGUUAUCCGACGAGAGGUCCAGCCCAAGGGUGAGGGCAAGGCCACCUACACCAAGGCUCCCCGCAUCCAGAGGCUGGUCACCCCCCAGCGUCUCCAGCACAAGCGCCACCGUGCCGCCCUCAAGCGGCGCCAGGCCGAGAAGGUCAAGGACGAGGCCAACGAGUACGCCCAGGUCCUGGCCAAGCGUGUGGCCGAGGCCAAGGCCCAGAAGGCCGAUGCCCGCAAGCGACGAGCAAGCUCUAUGCGCAAGUAA